AUGAUUCCUACUACUUAUUCGACUGUGGUUGGCGAGAUGUUGUUUCGCAAAAGAAAGGAGGGUCGCGGAAAUCAAGAAAAUCGGAGAAGCGGUCCGAGAAACAUGACAAAUCAAAAAAAGUGGAUGCCGGAGCAGCAAAGAAUCAAGCCGUCACACCAUCAAUCAAGCGGACUAACUAUGGCGAUCGCUAUGCACGAGCGAAGCCGUUGUCCCUCUGGUAAAGGUUCAAGCUUUCGAAUAAGAUCGUGCCACCCGAGAAAUUCGAGAAACUGCAGAAGACGCAAUCGAAUUCGAAGAGAUCCAUCCACAUUAGGU